GACGGGGGAAGGUGGGGGGGUGUUGCAGCAGAGGGGCAAGUGAAAGCGAUUUUGAUGGCACCUGAAGGUCUGAGAAUGAUGUGAGAACUUUCACCUGGUUUCCCAGGCUUGGUUCUCACCCCUAGCGUAACGUUGUGCGAAGUUGUGCCUCUUAGUCUCCUUCACUCCUUCGUAGUGUCUUUACUUGUUAUCGAAUCUGUGCCACAUACGUGUUUAAGACAGGUUAAGCUGAGAGCAAAAUGUUGACCAGCAAAGUUAGUAAAUACUUAAUGAGGGGUUCUCUUGGGGCACGCACCUUGACAGCCCGACCAGCAGGUGUAUUUCCAGCCUUCCUUCAUACCGAUUGUGGGCGCCUCAGUGCUGUUAGUCAACAUGCUCACAAUCCGAAGCCAGAUUGGAACAAAGCUGUUUCUGAAGCAGAAAAGAUUGUUGGCUACCCAACAUCUUUUCUCAGUUUGCGAUGGCUUUUAAGUGAUGAGAUUGCCAAUGUUGCCUUGCAUUUACGCAAGCUUGUUGGAUCAAAUCAUCCUCUGCUCAAGACAGCCAAAGGAUUGCUGUAUAAUGGAAAAAAUAAUAUGCAAGCAUGGGGGCUAAUUGUUCUGCUAUUGUCUAAAGCAGCUGGUCAUCAUAAUGUGAAUGAAAUGGAAGAGGACAAGGCAGCAGGAGUUUUGCACAGUCAACGUGCCCUAGCUGAGGUGACCGAAAUGAUACGAACAUCUCAUUUAGUGCACAAAGGGCUUGUGAAUAUACACCCUGGACUUGUAGAAGAAGGAGCUGUUCUCAAUGAUAUGACCUUUGGAAACAAAAUUGCAUUGCUAAGUGGGGACUAUUUGCUCAGCAACUGUUGUGUAGAACUUGCUGCCUUGCGGAAUCAAGAGAUUACAGAGUUAAUGAGCAGUGCUGUGCGUGACCUGACUGAAAGUGAAUUUGUGGGUCAGAGAGAUCAACAAAACAACCCGAUCCCUUCUCAUCCAUCAGAGUGCUCUGCUGUUGAUGACUGGACUCUUCGAAGUGAACUUUCUGGUGGAAGACUGCUUGGCAAAUCUUGUGAGGGCACUCUCAGGCUUGCAGGCCAUAACAAGGAAUUUUCCAAAGAGGGUUACAAGUUUGGGAAGCAUCUUGCUCUUGCUUGGCAGGCUUGUCUUGAUAUGGAGCCCUUCAUGCCAUCAGCUCAACAUUCCACAGGAGUUGGUUUCAGUCUUGUCUCUGCACCUGUCCUUUUUCAUUUAGAGUAUGACUCUUCCCUGUACAAUCUUAUCCAAGUUGGUGCUGAAAAUGUAAAUGAUGUGGAUUAUGCAAAGAUCCAGAGUAUUGUAUCCAAAGGACCAGGACUUGCUAUGACAAAAAGGCUGAGGCAGGAGCAUUCUCAAAAAGCUAUGGAAGUUCUUGCUGCUUUUGAGCAGAAUGAUGCUCGCACAGCAUUGUCUAACAUUAUUGUUGCAAUGGGUGAGUUAUGAUGCUGCCCCACAAAAUCAUUCACGCCCCAUUUCUUCCUUUUUUUUCUUCUAAUGUGACACAUGUUGCUAUUGAUGGGAUUUUUAUGAGAUCUAUAUGUUCAUUAACUGAUUGUGGUACUUUCUCCACAAUUUUUAAUCUGAUUACAAAUUGUUAUCUUUAUGUGACAGUUGUGGUUUUUGUGCAACACAAACUAUUUACUCUGCUUGAUGUUAUAUCUUCUCUAGUCUCCGCGCAACAAUCUUUUCUGAUUGCAUGAAUGUUAAAAAAUGAGUGGCAAUACAUAAUCCACUCGUAAAUCCGUCCAGUAAUGUUACUUGUGUAGUACAUAAGCUGCAAUUUUCAUAUUUUGACCAUCGGUUAUUUCUUACAAUUUUUCUUGCUUUAUAAAGGAUUGAUAAAAGUUUAAAACAACUUUGAACACCUGUAGUGUUUGUCAUGGUGCCUUUUCCCAAAGUUUUGGCGUGUGUAUUCCUCUGUUAAAAUGUAUCACCUCCUUUUCAAUACUUUUGUUUGUUAUAUGUGUUGUGUUUGAACAAAUUUUAAUUUUAGAUGAUUGUUAAAUUCUUCUUGUUUUACUGCUGAACCUAGAGUAAUGCAAACUAACUGAGAUCUUCAAAUUUAUCAAAUUUGUGUAUUAAUUGGAGUAUUGAAAAAAUUAUUAUUUGGCCACUUUGGAUACACAAGUGUAUUCAUGUUCUCAGUAUUUACUGAAUACCACCUAGGUAUGCAUUAUUAACUGAAUAUCCUUUAUGGAUGCAGGAAAUAGUGUGUGCACAUUGUCAUGUCUGCAUUACAGCACACAGCCUUUAUGUGAAGGUUGUAUGUGUCGACCUGUCAAGGUAUUCAAUAUCAUCUUCUGCAGACAUGACCGACCAUGUACCCAUGUACACACUAUCUCCUGCAUGCAUACAAUACAGUCAGUAAAUAGUGAAUAACUAGGGGGUAUUCAGUAAAUACUGCAUAUGAUGUUUACACUCGGGUUUCCAUAGUAUCUGCCCUUUAGAUAUUGCUCAAGAUAGUGUAAAGUAAGUUGUAUGAAUGGGUUUGCUGUAUUGUUAAUGUGAGUGUCGGAGGGAAAGACUGACGAUUAUGUUAUGUAUAGUUGAAUUUUGCCACGCAUAUUGCUUUGCAAAUUUUAUCUAUAUUUUGUUAUCAAAUCAAGGCAUACAUUUGUUGUUUACAAAAGUUUAAAAAAAUAUGAGGGUGGUGUAGUUUUUAAAAUCUUGCAAAUAUUUAUAUUUUUUAUCAACCAUCAGUAUUUCAUUAAGUAUAGAGAGUUAAGGGAAAGGAAUCAUGGCUCAUUGUAAAGUGUUUUAGAAAUAGAAACUAAUGGACUAAUAUCAAACUUUUGGAUCAUCCAGAAAGUACGCCUGUCAUUCGCCUUUACGAAACUGCCCAAACUCUCAUCAUAGCGCCCAGAUAGGUAGGCAAAAUAUUGUCUGCAAUGCAUGCGUGUACUGCGGGGUGGCCUACCUCAAGUCUUGCAGGCGCCGAGCUCCCGUAAUUUGCCGAAUGGAUCUGAGAAAAAAACAGACGUUCUUUCUGGACAAAUCCUUAGGGCCUUCAAUGUUACCAGCUUCUAACAUGGUUAGGGAAAAAUAAUUUCCCAGUUGAGUCAUAUAUUGUGUUUUCUCUUGUCCUAGAGAUAAGAUAGUAAUUUACAUCCUUAACAAAUAAACAUUGUUCUUUAAUCUUUAUGUGAGUAGUGGAUUACCAUUCCAUACGGAGGACUAAAAUCAGGAAUUUUUAAGCUGUUGCCGUGUUACACUGUUCUAUGACACUGUCACCCAAUCUUACCAGAUUUUUUUUUCAGAAAAUGUUUGUUUCAGUUAUUUGCCUCUCAUGAUAAAAUUACUUAUGUGUACUGUGUAUAUAUAAUUUUAAAAUUGAGAUUAUAAAUUUGUAUUUUUUAUUAAUAUUGAUAAUUUUCCCUUA